UCACAGGAGGGCGUGUCUUGGAAGAGCGCGUGCAGACCUUGCUGCCCUGGAACUCUGGGAGGCUGCAGCGCGUUCUCUCCAAGAACGAGCGAGAGUGGAGGGAGGGAGGGAGGGAGGGAAAAAAGGGAAAGAAAUACUUUUUACCUCUUUCUAUCUUCGUUUUCCCUCCUUCCUGUCUUUUACCCACCAUGCUCCGAGCCUGGACUCUGCGAUCCCGCUGCCGUUUGCGCUUCAGGAGCGAGGCUCCUUAUUGCUGGCUUUCCCCGGCUUUUUCCUCUCUUGGGCAAAGAUGAAGAAGGCAGGGUCGGGAGGUAGGAGAAACUGACCGAGCCCGGCUUCUCCUUCUUCUCCUCCUCCUCCUCCCCUUCUCCAGCUUUUCCCGCUCGACCACCAUGAGGGACGAGAAAGAAGCCGCCGCCUCCGUUUCUUUGCACCGCGGGCUCAGCAAACUUCUCAGCCAGCAGCCUUCGCCUCGCGGCUCUGCAGAGCCCAGUCUGGGGAACGGCUACUACGCGAAGCGAUGCGCGGCUCCUCUGGCCCGGAGCAGCCUCUUGCUGGACCUUCGGGCGCUCCUCCCAACCGCCCCACGCCGGGCUCUGGCCUGGGGUCUGGGUGUUGCUGCUGCGGCGGCGGCGGCUACCUUGGCGCUCCUGCCGUGCGCCUUGUUCUGGGGAGACCGCCAAAGUAAAGCGGGCUCAGCUGCGAGCAGCCCCGAAGCAACCGGGCUGUUGGCGCCGCUCGGGCUUUGCCGGUGCCUGAGCCCCCUCUUCAGCCUCGCCUGUGCCUUCUUCUUCCUCACCUGCUACCUGGCCCGGGAUGAACCCGGCGGCCCCCGGUGGCUUCUGGCGCUGCCGGUUUGUUGCUACGCGGGGGAUUUGGUGACGCUGCAGUGUCUCCUGCUGUCCCGCCAGGCCGAAGCCGAGGAAGGCGUCCCUCACCCUCCGCCAGCCGAAUUGCAGAUGCUGGCGGGGCGGUUGUUGGCCGCGCUUGGCACUGUGGCCGGACUGACCCUUUUGCAGCGCAGCCUCAAACUCCGCAGCAGCCUCCUGGUUUUGGUUUUCUCCAGCCUCGUGUGGUUGGUCUCGCUCACCAGCCUGGGGUCGCUGCCUCUUCCCCUUAGACCGCUGCUGUCCUGCUUCGCCGGGACGGCGGGAUGCUUGUGGGCGCUGCUGGGAGGAGAGCGCUGCGUUUUCUCUUCUCGUUCCCCUUCGGCUCCGGGUUUACAGCAGCACCUCCAGGGAUCGCAUCCGAAGUUGCCCGGCAGCGCCGAGCACAAAGUUCCUGUCAUCCGACCCAAGAGGAGAUCCAGUUGCGUGUCCUUGGGAGAGACUUCUGCCGCUUACUAUGGAGGCUGGAAAACGUCCAGGAGACCUUCGUUGCCUUGCAUUUCCAAAGAACAGAUGAUUCUUUGGGACUGGGACUUAAAGCAAUGGUAUAAACCUCAUCAUCAGAAUGCAUGCAGUGGAAUUGAAGUUGAUCUUUCUGUACUAAAUCAGACUCGCAGCAUAGUGUCUGAUCUUCUGUCUGAUCCAGUCCUUCCUCCACAUGUGAUUUCUUCUCUUCAAAGCAUCAAUAACUCACUAAGUGCUUUCUCAGGUUCAUGCAGGCCAAAGAUUAACCUGUUUACUCCCUUUCCGGGGUUUUAUUCCUGUCCAGAAAUGGAAGACUCACCUGAAAGAGGAGACUGUAAGCUGCACAAGGUACUGAGCAGCCGAAACAGCUUACCAACACCACAGUUAAGGCGAAGUUUAGGAAGCUUGCUGCCUAUUGAUCCAACUUCUAGAUGGGAACGUAAUAAUGGCAAAAGGUCGCACCAUGAAUAUAAUCUUUCAAGCCAAGGAUCUUACCCAAAUGGGCCUCUUGUUGGCACAAACCUGUUGACAAUUCCGAAACAAAGAUCAUCUUCAGUGACCUCAGCAAACAAUACAGGUUCUAGGCGAGCCGGAAUUUCUCAGAAUCUAAGUCCUGGCAUUUCACCCAGUAAUGGAUUUCUCUCCAGUGGGUACCACCGAUCACCUGCGGAAUUUCCUGAUACAGCUGAUUUCUUUACUAAACCUAGUAUUACUGUACAUAAAUCUCUGGGAAGCCCAUUUAAUUUUUCAGAUUGUCAACAAGUUAGAACCUCUUCGUGUUAUACUUGUAAUAGUUGCAGACGACAGGUAUUCAACUCAGCUGCAAACUCAUUAUUUGAAUCUGUAGCAGAAUGUCAAAGUCAAAAACCAGGUGAAGAUGGAAACAGCGAAGUUUCAAAAGUCCCCAACCAUCUUGCAGAGAAACUGCACUGUGAAUUGGGAGAAACAAAAAAUCCCUGUUGUCAAAUGGAUCAAACUAAGAAUUUUCAGUCUGAUAUUGAGAAGAAUUCUUCUUUAGAAAAGAUGUUAAUAGAAAACCAUAAUUCAUUAAUGGAGGAAAUGAAUAGUUGGAAUUUUCAAAUAUUUGAUCUUGUUCAAAAAAUGGGAGAUAAAUCUAGAAGAAUCCUUAGUCAGGUUGCAUUUACAUUGUUUCAAGACACUGGUUUAUUUGAAAUUUUCAAAAUUCCAAUUCAACAUUUCAUGAACUACUUUCAAGCACUAGAAAGUGGUUAUCGAGACAUUCCCUAUCACAAUAGAAUACAUGCAACAGAUGUUCUUCAUGCUGUAUGGUAUCUGACAACGAGACCAAUUCCCGGAUUUCAGCAAAUAGACAGGGAUACAGAAAGUGAUAUUUCAGUGGACCAUGUUGCCUAUGUUUCCUCCAAAAGCUGUCCUGUUGUAGAUGAAAACUAUGGAUAUUUAGCAUCAAAUAUUCCAGCCUUAGAAUUAAUGGCUUUAUAUGUAGCAGCAGCCAUGCAUGAUUUUGAUCAUCCUGGUCGGACAAAUGCUUUUCUGGUAGCAACAAAUGCUCCACAGGCUGUGUUAUACAAUGAUAGAUCAGUUCUAGAAAAUCAUCAUGCAGCCUCUGCAUGGAGCCUCUUCUUAUCACUACCGGAAUACAAUUUUCUGUCUAAUCUUGACCACGUGCAGUUCAAACGAUUUCGAUUCUUAGUGAUUGAAGCAAUCCUUGCAACAGAUCUCAAGAAACAUUUUGAUUUUCUUGCUGAAUUUAAUUCCAAGGUAAACAUGAAUGGACAUGGUAUUGAAUGGAGUAAUGAAAGCGAUCGACUGUUAAUAUGUCAGAUAUGCAUCAAGCUUGCAGAUAUCAAUGGUCCAGCCAAAAUUAGAGAUCUACACCUGAAAUGGACAGAGGGAAUUAUCAAUGAAUUUUAUGAACAGGGAGAUGAAGAAGCAAACCUGGGGCUACCUAUUAGCCCUUUUAUGAACCGACAUUCUCCUCAACUUGCCAAAUUACAAGAAUCUUUUAUUACCAACAUUGUUGGUCCUCUUUGCAAUUCUUACGAUGCAGCCGGCUUGCUUCCAGGAAGAUGGAUUGAAAGAGAUGAGAGGGAAAGCUCUGAAGAUUGUGAUGCAGAAGAGGAUAGCGAAGACGAAAUGGAAGAUUUAGGAACAAAAUUACAAAGAAGAAAAAACGGACAGGAAAUAUUUAGUCAACUAAUAUACCAUUUGAACGAAAACCAUAAAAUGUGGAAGAAAAUAAUUGAAGAAGAGGAACUAAAUAAACCAGAAGAAAAUGAACAGUCAGAAAAAAACUCCUUAUGUCAAACAGAUGAGAUUCAGGUCAUUGAGGAAGCAGAUGAAGAAGACGAACGACAUUAAGAACAAGAAAAAAUACUUUAAAAAGACUUCAUAACAGUGUUCCAGACUGCUGCAAGAAUAUAUUUUUACCCAUAAAACUGGCGGUCAACUGACAGACCUGAGAGAAGUAUGAAAAAUAGUAUACUGAAUAAUGUGAAAGGAUACUUAUUUCUUCAGCAUUAUCACACUUCUAUGCACUUUUGCCACAUGGAAAUAAAAAGAAAAUUCAUAGACUUACUGAACAUAGUACUGCAUUCCAUGAUGAGAAGAUUUUAUGUCCAGCUUGGACUUCAUGUAUCUUGUUUUGCUGCCUUCAUAAAAGUAACUUCUUAAUAUCAAAAGGGAAUUAACAGUUUGGAGAAAAAUCAAUCCGAAAUACCCAAGUUAAAAGGACAUUCUGUUUUGCCCUUGAGAAAGGCCUAUAAUGUUUUAGACUUGGUAUUUUGUUUCUAAUGCGAACCUUAAAAUCACUGUGCCUGUCAAUAAGCAGUUCCCAUAAAUUUAAUUUGCAAGAG